GAACACUGUCAUACAGACGCAUUAAUAACUCAAUCUAAAUACAUCACACACAUAUUAGCUGUCGUGUUUUUUAAAUUGGCGUGAUCUAACUAUGUUGAACGACGUACCAAAAAGGUUAUUGAAAAGCUCGGAAUCAACUGAGGCUGAUGUACGCGAAGAUGAGGAACAAGCAAAGAGAUUCCAGGAUAUUAUCGAUUUGCUUUUAGCAGCAGGGUAUUUCCGAGCUCGAAUAAAAGGGUUAUCGAAUUUUGAUAAGGUAAUCGGUGGGAUGACCUGGUGCAUAGAAUCCUGUAAUUUCGAUGUAGAUAUCGAUUUAUUAUUCCAGGAAAAUUUAACCAUAGGUCAAAAAAUAUCCUUGACUGAGAAAAUUGUAGCUGUGUUGCCCAGAAUGAAUUGUCCAUACAGAAUAGAACCACAUCAAAUUCAAGGCUUAGAUUGCAUUCAUAUUUUUCCUGUUAUUCAGUGGUUAGUGAAACGAUCGAUGGAGACGCGAGAAGAAACCGCCGAUUUUGUACGAUCGUUUGCUCUUAACCAAUUCCAUAAAAAACACUCUUUCGCCGAGGAUGCUGGAACUGCGAAAGCAGUUAAAGAGAAUCUAAUACGAAACAUUCAAUUGGUUAAAAAAUCGUAUGAACCUCGUCGACUUUUCAAGCACAAAGACGGCACUAUCAGAGAUGAAUCUACCAGAUUUCUUGGCACAGUUCUCGAAUAUGAAGCUCCUUUAUACUAUUCUUCGAAAACUGCUGGAUCCCCAACGGCAGCGGCCUCAAACGAAGCUCAAGACGAUGAUAAAAAAGAGGAAUUAAGGGAGAAGGAUCCUGUGGAGCAGGAGAAUACAGAGCAAUUGGCUGGAAACUUGGCCGCUAUUGAAGAAAGUUCAGCUCGUUUAAGUGUAACAGCGGUGGGCAACAUCGUCGGGAUCCAAGUCCAGGAAAUCGCCAAAGUGGCCGAGAAAUAUGCAACAAUGGCGACUUCCGAGAUGAAGGAAAAUGGCACAAUAGAUUCUUCAGCGGUGUUGACCGUGCUACAGAAACAAAAGGCUGCGCUCCAAAAUCGAGCUCGGAAAUUGACGAAAGAGAGAGAUAGCUUGUCGUCUAAAGUAUCCGAAUUGACUGCUAAAACAAAUGCAUCUCGUGCAAAACGGCAAGCUAUUGAGCGUUCAUUGAAAAAAGCGGAAGAAAUGGGAAUGAAUAAUGAACAAGAUAGCGUUUACAAGCGUCUGGAAGAAUUGCUUCUAGUACAUGACGGUUUGAAGGAGCAAGAACACAACUUCCGCGAACAAUGUAAAUUCGAUUUGAAUCUCCUGCGUGGUAAAUUGCAAGAAAUCGAAAGCGGCACUUCGGAAGAGGAGGAAGAUCGUUUGAAGGAGUACGAAGAACAAAAGGAAGCGGUCACAAAGACAAGAUUACAAUUGGCCAAGAAGAACAGAGCAAUUGCUUCUUUGACCAGGCAAUUGGAUGAUGUUCCUGGACGCUCCGAACUUACGCAAUACCAAAGACGCUUUAUGGAACUGUAUAAUCAAGUUUCGGCCAAGCACAAAGAAACAAAACAAUAUUACACGUUGUACAAUACUCUGGACGAUACGAAGCUUUAUUUAAGUAAAGAAUUAUCGUUAUUAAAUUCUAUCCAAGAUAAUUAUAAUGAAGCAAUGGCAUCGACGAGCGGUAAGGAACAGUUCCUGAAGCAAUUCGAAGCUAUUGUUGCAGGUGUGAAACGCAACAAAGAAAAGGUAAAAAAUUUCGCUGUUCGUCGAUUCAUGUACGUAAGUAAAUCGUUUAAUUAGUAAGUCUUGAGACCUAUAGGAAUAUUCGAUUGAAGAUAUACAGAUAAGAAGACAGACGAGGUACAGAUUUAACAAAAUGUUUAGAACAGGUACAAAAAAGGACAUUUUGAUCAUGUU